GUGCAGUGGAAACACGUCACCACGCACUUAUCAAACUUAGACUAUGCGUCUUGUUAUAAAUUGCUACCUCAUUACUUGUAACUCUCCAAGUUCCACUACCUAGUGCUCUCUCUCUUUCUGUUUCUUCACUGUGCCAUUCACUUCCAAACUUUUUAGCCUUUUCAAUCCUCAAGUUUUCAGUUAAUCUCCUUCUCUUUUUUUAGUUUCUUCUCAAGUUUAGUCCAUGUCAGUCUCAGCCAGUCCAGCGCCACUGUUAGGGGAUCGACUGUGUGAGAAUGGAUAUGAAUGUGUUGAAAUUCUCCCAGCCACCAAUGAUGCACAUGGAGGAGUCAUUGUGGACUUAAAAGAGGCUAUGGACUCUGAAGUUUUUGCUACUUUGCUUAGAUCUUCACUUUUACAUUGGAAAAAACAGGGUAAAGAUGGCGUUUGGAUCAAGUUACCUAUCGAGCUUGUUAAUCUUGUUGAAACUGCUGUUAAGGAGGGUUUUUGGUACCACCAUGCAGAGCCAAACUAUCUAAUGCUAGUUUACUGGAUUCCCAAAACUGGCUGCACAAUACCUCCAAAUGCUUCCCAUUCUGUAGGAGUUGGCGCAAUUGUCUUGAAUGAUAAGAAAGAGGUGCUUGUGGUCCAAGAAAAAAGAGGUGGAUUCCAUGGCAUUGGUGUUUGGAAAAUACCUACUGGAGUGGUUGAUGCAGGUGAGGAGAUUUUUGAAGCAGCUAUUAGAGAAGUGAAAGAAGAGACAGGAAUUGAUACAGAAUUUACUGAAGUACUAGCAUUCAGACACGCACACAAUUCAUUGUUUGGAAAAUCAGAUCUAUCUUUUGUUUGCAUGCUGCGUCCUCUUUCUUUUGACAUCAAAAAGCAAGAUCUGGAAAUUGAAGCAGCUCAGUGGAUGCCGUUCGAGGAAUUUGCUGAGCAACCAUUCAAUGAGAUGCAUGAACCCUUCAAGUACAUGAUAGAAUUAUGCUUGGCAAAGGUGGAAAAUGUGUAUGAUGGAUUCUCUCCGAGGCCUGUCUCAUCAUAUUUCGUGGAGGAGUUGAAUUGUCUGUAUUUGAACAGCCAUGACCUCGACAAGACUUCUUGACUUUCUCAUUCAUGUUUCUUUCUUGGAGAACAUGUUGGAAUUCCUGCAUUACCAUUUUCUAAUUAUUGAAUUAUAUUUUAAUUAUUA